UUUGUAAACAACAUUAUUAAUCACUGUUCGUUUUUGCGCUAAUAAUUUUCGUGUUUGUGUGAUUUUUGAAUGAAUUGUUUCUUGUGAUAUUGUCUAAAUGUGUGAUCAAUUGGUAUCAUUUUUCGGCAUUCAACAUCAUCACCUCUACGUGAAAGCCAUUAUUUUCAGAUGUGCCGAUUAGACUCCGAUUCAAGGCGAGUUACCUAAAAAAUGAAUGUGUAAUUUUUUUCCACAUUUACUUGUUCUAUAUCUCUAUUAUUUUACACUUGUGUAUAUAUAUAUAUAUAUCUAGUAUAGUAUAUUACAUUCAUACUUUAAAUAACAACAAAAAAACCAGGUUGUUUAUGUUCAUAUUCUAGAGUGUAAAUCAAUUGUUUUAUACCAUAUACAAAUUGUAUAGAUUUUAUGGUAAAUAUUAUUAAUAAUAAUUAUUAUUUAUACAUUUAUAAUUUCUAUACUAAUGAUAAUUAAUAAUGAUAUUUAUGUAAUUUAUAAGUGUUAAAGAUGUGAACAUUUUUAGAAGUCUAGAUGUAAAAAUAGGAUAAUUCAAUAAAAACCAAUAUCCUAAUCAAUUAUUAUUUGCUUCUUCUGUGAUCUUCAUUUCUUCUAUUCGUAGUUUUAUGUUGGAAUUUUAAUUUUAAAAAAAAUAAACCACUAGUAAGCUAUGAAACAUACCCUACAUGAUAAAGUGCAGGGAAACAAAAUGCAAUUUUAUAAUGCUCACUUUACAAAGCAAUAAAUAUAUCUCAGAAACAAUUAUUUUAUGGAUUAUAACAUUUCGCAAUUUUACAUUCCAAUUAAACAUUUUCCUAUAAAUACAAUUUGAUUCAAAGUGAUUACUCGAUUCACACACAGAUAUUUUUGGUGUUUGCUCCCUAAAAUUUGAAUAUGAAGUUAGUUUUGAAACGCAAUUUACCUGGGCUUAUCUAUUAUAUAGAUUAGGAAAUAAUAUGAAAAUAGCACCUUGGAGUUUUAAAAUUGAGAAAUAAUUGAAAACAUAAAAAUGGUAUUUAUUUAAAAAAAAAAUUUUAUUUAUUUAAUACAAAGUUAGAAUAUGUUAUUUUGAUAGUGAAGCUAUAAUCCUUAUUUUUAAAGUUGAACUGAACUAUCCAAAUAUUUUAAUGAAUUUGAACUAAGUUAAUAAUCAAAAGGUUCAAUUUUAAAGUAAAUGUAAAUAUUUUACUUUUAAUGUUGCAGUUUUCUGAAACUAUAUUCUGUGAUUUGAUAUUUAGUAAUAAUAUUAAAAAUAAACAAAAAUUCAUAAGAAUUAAUAAAUCAUUCUUCUAUCGCUAAUACUAUAUUAAAUUUAAUUUGUGAUUUUUCUAGUUCAAUUUUUUUCUAUUAGACUAACUAUUUUUAAUAUCAUUAGUUUUAAUAUUAUAUAAAAUAUUUUUGGUAGUUAAAAAUAAAGUUCAUUCUUAAUUAUUAAGUUAUUCUUAUUUUAUUUUCAGAUUUGAUUUAUUUAUUUGUUGGCGUUAUUACAACAAUAAUUAAUAACUUGACAAGUUAUUAUAACACACAGCUUUGUACAAAUGAAUAGAAAGUAUACAAAUUUUUUCUUUUGUCAAUAACUGGUGUACUAAUUGAGAUGGGUGAUAGAUUAUUUAUGGCAAUGAGCCGUCGCCGUAUAUCAUGCCCAUUGGCUGUACAACAGCUGUGGGAUGCGGUGAAAGUGAUACGUUUUCAAAGGCAGGUACCAGAUGUUGAUCGCAUUACAAAAUAUAUGACCAAAGUUCACAAUAUGUCAUCAGGUAAGCCGAUAGGGUUCCAUUUCAAAAUAUGUAUUCAAAACUUAUUGUUUUGAUUAAUAGAGGAAGUUGGUAGGCAACUAAAUUAUUGUGUCCGGGAUGGUCUUUUGAUUUUAACAAAAAGAGUCGGUAAUAAAGGUUCUAAAGUAGGAGUUGAAACUGAAGGAUAUAAACUUCCAGAAGAAAAGGUUUGUUUAUUUUAAAAUAUUAAUAUAUAUAAUGCAUAUAUUUUUACCAAUUUAUAAUAAUACUUUAUAGGCUGACAAAGAUAGUCAUGAUUGGUAUUGUUUUCAAUGUCACAGUGCUGGAGAUGUUAUAAGUUGUACUUCUUGUUAUCGAGUUUACCAUCUUUCAUGUAUUGAAAAAGAAGAUUUGCCAGAGAAUGAUGUCAAACAUAAGUUCAUUUGCAAUAUAUGUAAAGUAAGUAGUUGUUUAAUAUUGUUUGAAAGUAUAUUAAUUUAUUUUAUAAUUUUAGAAUUGUGCAUCUACUAAAGAAGCAUCUAAGAAAAUUAAAAAAAGUCAACUUAACAGACUUCUUUAUCAUACAACUGGUAGAUUAAAAGAAAAAGUAAUUUUUAUUUAAUUUAUUAUAAUUUUCAGGCUUAUGUCUAAUAUUUACAAAAUAUACAAUAUGAAAUAAUACAAAAUAUGUAUUAAUGAGUAUUGAAACUAUAAAUCUAAUAGUUUGUAUGAUGAAGCUACACAUUUUGUGUUUAUUGUUAUUCAUAAUUGCUUGAUUAGAUACCUUUGCCAUGGGCAGAACGUAAAAUUGCUACUGCGGCUCCAUCAACAUAUGUAUCAGACAGAUUGCAAUUUCAGAGUCAACUGAAAGGAAGUGAUUUGCAUAUGAACAUGAAAUCAGCUUUAAAGGAAAAAGAUCCUUGGAGAAUUGAACUUCUAAUUUUUAAGUAUGAUUCUUUAUUUUAUUAAAUUAAAACAUUUAUAUAAAACAUUUUUUUUAUUUAUAGAGUUAUAGACCUUCAAAUGAUUGAAGAUAAAUCUGAUAAUGAUGAGUAUAAAAAUAUUGAAGAGUUUAGAGCUGAUAUAUUAACUUUUGUUCAUAAUAUUAUUAUUUUUCAUGGAGGUAAAUUUUUAAAGUUUAAUAUUUUUUUUCUCAUCAUAAAAUCAAAAAAUUAUUAUUAUUUAUAUUUUAGUUCAUAGCAGUUUAGCUGACUAUGGCCGUUUAAUGUUGAGAGAUUGUAAUAAAGAUUUAGAAGAGAUAAUGAGGUGUCGUUAUUGUUACAAGUAUUCCAUACAAAAAAAUUCCAAAUUUUGGUUUUGUAAGCCAUGUAAACCACCCCAUGAACUAGUGUAUGCAAAACAAGAAGAUUUUCCUUACUGGCCAGCAAAGGUAAAUGUAUAGAAUUACUAGUUAGUCAUGAUAGGUUUUUAUGGAUAUAAAUAAAUAUCUUUGUCUCAAAAAUUUGAUGCCAAUUAUGUAUUUUGUAAGCCGGGAUCACACGGCACGUCGUGUGGACUAUAGAGUGGUACAGCACGGUAGAGUUGAUGUAUGAUAAGAUUUGUAUGUGCAACGUGUUGCGCGUUCCUUCCCGACAAUUGUCGGUCUCUCUAUGUAACACGCCAAAGGAAAAUUGGUGUGGCGAGUUUUAUCAAUCUAACAAUGUGUUGCCUUGUUAUCAUAUUUCAUACUUUGAACCAUUUUUUUUAAUAAAUAUUAUAUUAUAUUAUUUGGAAUUAUUUUUCAAUACAACAUAUUCUGUUCUGAUCACAGGCAUGGAUCCAGAAAAAAGAUCUAGGGGGAAAGACGACUAAUUUUGCAAUGUAAAUACAAUUCAAAUAUAAUGUAAUACAUUAUGUAUAUUAUUUUUUCAUACAAUUCUUAUACAAAAAUUUGAGAAAUAAUUCAGGGGGGGGGCGUUGGAUGUGUCCCUGUCUGAUCAGUCUGAUGUAUAGUUUAUUUUUACACAAUUUUUGGAGUUGUACGAAGGUGUGAGUCAUCUAUAUGGAAUGCAAGUGAUCCAAAUCACAAAUUUCGAAACCAUGUUCAUGAAGCUUGGGAAAUCACGUUAUGUCAAAACACCAACUAAGCACGAGGAAUUUUGCGCGGUUUAUACACAUUUCACACGUCAUGUGGCGCGCAAUGUACCGUGUGAUUAACACGUGUACUUAACAUGCACAAUUAAAGGAGGUUUGAAAGUUAAAGUGUAUAUAGUCAUGAAUCAUGUAAACAUUUCAAUGUAAUCUUAAUAAAAUAAACAAUUUUUAAAGAUGCUCGAAUAUUAUAUGGUUUCACCAAAUUAAAUCAGUUCCAUUUACAUGUACAAAAAUUUGUUGUAUUUUUGUACAUGUAAAUGGAACAAUCACUUUUAUUUUGAUUAUUGAUAAGGUAAAUCAUAAUACAUAUUCAGUAUCAAUAUUAAAAUUUGAUUUUUAUAAGAAAUAAAUUAUGCAUAUUACUUAUUGAUUUUUUGUUUAAAAUAAACUUAAAUAUGAUAAUGGAGUAAGGAAAAAAUACCAAUUUCAUGGAAUAAUAAAAAUUAUAACUUACCAUUUAAAUAUUAAAAACUCGCAUAUAAACAAGUCACACAAUUUAGGUAGACUUAUAGUAAAAUUGGUUUAAAUUAAGAAUGGUUUAUCUCUUAUCAUGUAAAUGUAGUAAUUCGUAGGUUAACUCUUGGUUUAUUUUAUAUGUAAUACAUUUAUAAGAUGUUCAUUAAAAUGUCUGGGAAUUACAUAUUUCUCUCAGUAUUUAUUCCAUUUCAGGUUGAGGUUUACCAUAAAGAAAGUUAUAUCUAAGUUUACUGAAGUUAGUAUCUAGUCAAUGUUAAGUAAAAUGUAGUCCAAAAAAAUAUUUAAAUGACCAAUUAACAUAAACUGAAAUUUAUAAAUGAAAAAAAAAAAUUAUAUAUUUUAUUAUUUUUGUUUGUGUACCUAAUUUUGUAUCACAAUUAUAUUUUAGGUUUUAAAAAUUGAAGAUGAUAAUUAUGAAGUAAGGUUUUUUGGAGGCGAACAUCAUUUUGGAAUUAUCGACAAAUCACAAAUACGCCCGAUAUCAGUCAAUAUUCAUUCCUUGCAAGUAAGUAUUUCUGAGAGGAUUAUAUGAUUACUAGGGUUCCGAUUUUAAAGCAUAAUAAAAAAUUUAAAAAGGAAAAAAUGGUUUUAAAAAAGCAAAAAUGAAGUAUAUUUAUUUUUAAAAAAAGCACGACCAAAAAUUAACAUGAAUUAGUAAUAAUUUAUAAAACUGAAAAAAAAAAAAUUAAUUUAAAUUAAAAAAAGUAUUUACUACCAUAUAUUUGGCAAGAAUUUCAGUAGUGAAACUGACUCUAUUGUCUGAUAGAAUGUUUUUAUACAUUGAAAAUGUUAAUUUCGUUUGAUGAAACACCACACAGUAUAUCAUUAAUGUCCAGUAAUUGUUUCCAAUUUGUUUUUUUGUUUUUCAAAAGAACACAAUUUAAUUUUCCCGAAAUACGAGUUUCAAUAUUUCCAUUAGCUUCAUUUAACUUCUUUUCUGCAUCUAAAACAAUAUUUAUACAUGUUGUCAAUGUUUCACCUAAAAUUAUACAUAGAAUUUAGUAUUAUAAUGUUAAAUAGUAUACUUUGUUAAAUGUUACCUUUUUUUCUCUAAUAUUGUAAUAAUAUCUGGUAGAAUUCCAAAGUUGGUUGAAAUAUACACUAUAUUUGAUUGAAGAGAUAAAUUCUUAAAUAGUUGUUUCCCUACUUUAACACAUUGAGAUUCUUCUUCGAAUGUUUAUUAUUUAGUUUAUUUAUUGGAAUAUUUGCAGCUAUCAAUGUUGAACGUAAAUCGGCAUUAAAAUCUGAUUGACUACUAAACUGUUUCAAUAACGGUUGAAGUAAUGCAGACUUUUCGUUUUCGUGUCUUUUAACAGUUUGCACAUUAUAUUUUUUUUCAAAUGACACUUUUAUUUCACAAAGUUUGCGAUAUAAAAUCGAUCCAUCUCUUUAAAAAAAUUCUUCUAUUUUUUAAAAAUGCAUUUGUUUUAACUUUUGGGAUUUUUAUAAAUUACAACACUAUAAAAAACUAUAAAACUUAAAUUUUGAACUGGUCGAUAUCAAUGUUAUACGUGUACUGAGUGUACAUUCUACAGGCUAUAUGCAAUAGCCGAUAGGCGAUAAGCUAUCGAUAUGUCUGUGGUUCGAUAAUCUAAACGUCGAUGGGUAAAAUAUAAUAUCUAUAUAUAUGUUAUACAUAGUCACAUAUAUAUACAAUCAAGCCAAAAACAAAAACUAUAAUAAUCCAAUAUAACCAUUUAGUCCGUAAUCCGGGUUUUCUCAUUUCUUAUUAAUUAAAUAAAAUUUUUUUUUAUUUCUAUAACAUAUUAAAAUUCCACAACUAGAAUGACUGAAAAAAGCAAAAAAAGUAUUUACACAUAAAAAGCAAAAAAAAUUGGUUUAUUUGGAAUUAGAAUAACGUGAAACGAAUUUAUGUAUAAAAAUAAGAUUUCUAUCUUAUAUAUAUGAAAAGAAGCAUUUGCUUUAAAAUCCGAGCCUUGAUGAUGUUUUAUAGUUUGUUAUUUGGGCUGGGUAUGUAAUAACGCCAUAAAACAUUAAAAAUUCUUUUAACUAUGAAUAAAAUGACAUUUUUAAAAUCCCAAAAAAAAAAAAAAAAAAUAUUUUAUUCUCAUUAAAAAUACAUAUUAAACACACAUAAUUAAUGUACAACAAAAUGAUCAUUAAAUAGCAAGCUUUGGAAAACAAUUCAAAGUUCAUUGAAAUCCCAACUCUAUUAAUUAUAAUGCAAAUUAAAAAACAGUAUUGAUGUUUGGAAAAAAGUUUAAUCUAGGGUUGAAAAUUGUGUACUUGUUAUAUCAGUAUUUGUUAUUUUAGUCUCAAGGUCGUACUUCUCAAUGGAACAAAGCCUGUGAAGAAUUACGUCGCCAUCAAUUGCAAUUAGAUAAAGUUAUAUUUGGUCUUACAACUCAAUCAUCAUCAUCAUCUGCUUCUGAUUCAUCAUCUGAAGAUGAAGAUGAACCACCUGCAACUUUGCCUGUACAAAAGCGCAGAGAAAAAAAAGAAAUACUUAUAAAAUCUGAAAUGAAACCUGAUAAUGAGGAAGCAGAAAUAAAAAAAGAAGAAAAGAUGUGUUCUGAAGAAGAACCUGUUAAAAGAAAACGUGGUAGACCGUCAUCAUUAGAAAAAAAAUGUAGUCCUCCUAAAAGGGCAUUUAAACAAGUUUCGAUUGAAAAAAAAUCUACUCCUGAAGUCAUAAUUGAAAAAAGGGGUAGAGGCAGACCCAGGAAAGUUGUUGAACCUGUAAAUAUAGAAAGUAUUCCUAUUAAACCACAGAAAAUAAAAGUUAAAACUCCAAAAGAAAAUAGUAAUAUAGCUGAAGGUAUUAAGUCAACGAAAGAAGGAAUUAGGACAAUGAGAGAAGGAAUUAAAACAAUGAAAGAAGGAAUUAAGACAACGAAAAAUACAUCGCCAUCAAAAACAAAAUCUCCGACUAAAGAAAGUGAAGUAGAUGAGAAUAUAACAUCUACGACUGAAAGGUUAAAAGAUUCGAAUGUUGUUGAAGAUGAAACUGUUAGUUCUUCGUGUCAAGAUUUGGUACGUUCGGUUAAAGUACAAACAAAACCAAUUAACAAGAAACCACCUAAAAGUUACAUAAGCAAGGUUAGUUGUAUAGAUUGAAUAUGUAUUGUGUACACAAUGAAUAUUAAAUUAUAUUUUAGAUUCGUUCUGAAAUGGAAGUAGAAAAACGCAAAGCCAUAGAACAAUUAAUUGAUCAACAUAAAGAAGAGAUUGCAUUAUUGCAAGAAAGCCAUAAUAUUGCUUUAUCUGAAGUGAAAAAAAAGCAAUGGGUAAAUUUUUUUUAAAGCGUAUAAAUAGUUAAUAUUAACCAUCUAUAUAUGUAUUCUAUUUAAUGUGUAUUACAUAUUUGUUCGGAAAUUUUUUUUUGAUUAAUUUAAUUUAUAAAGUGCUAAGCGUUAACUGAGUGUCAAUUUCACAAAUGCAUUAUUGACAUAAUUCUUCUCUGAAAACAAGCAAAACUUGUCAUUUUGAACUUAUCCAUGUGUCUUGAUGCUCAAUAUGCCAAACACCUUGAUUAAGCAUUGCUGAAUUUUUUUUACUGUUCUUAUUGGAUUCAAUUAAUAAUAUGGAAUCUUGAUAAUGAUUAUUAUUUAUUGAAAACUAAUUGAAACUGAUCUCGAAAUAUGCUGUAGUUUCAUUAUUUUCUAAUUUGCAUUUGAAUUCAUUUAUUUUAUAAUAGAAAAAAUUUGUGCCUAGGAUUACAAAUUUAUUCAUAGAAUUUAUUGAGCCUAUAUUUACAUUUAUGAAUACAUUUGGAAUUUAGUCCAAAUUAGUCCAAUAUUUCCAAAUGGCUAUUGUAAAAUAUUUUACAUUUUUACUAAUAAUGUGCAUAUAUAUAUAUAAAUUGUGUAAUAACUUAUAAUGUCAAUAUUCAAUAUUGUAUUUAUAUUUUAGUGUGUGAAUUGUGAAAGUGAAGCGAUUUACCAUUGUUGCUGGAAUACAGCAUAUUGUAGUCCUAAAUGUCAACUUAUUCAUUGGAGUAGUGAACAUAAAAGACACUGUCGCCGAAAAAGAUGAUCUUAAGGUACUUGAGAUUACUAACUAAAGAAAGAAUAUUUUCUUUUAGUUGAAUCUCAGUCAUAUUGAAAAUGUAAAUUUUAUAAUAUUACUUGAUUUUAAAAUAUAUUACUAGUAAUAUGUUAAGUAAAUGUAUAUUAAAUAUAUAUUUCAAAUAGGUAUCAAUAAUCUUUUUUAAUACACAAAUGUUAAUAUGUAAUUUUCUCAUCUAUUUUCCCCUAUUUUGUUUUAUUUCCUCUAAUCUGUUUAUGUGUACAUAAAAUAAAGUAUAUAAGAAAACAUGUUUUUUUUAAAAAAAUUUAAAACAAUGCUAAUACUUAUAUGGAUAAGAGUAGGAAUGAUAAAACUUUUAUAUUCAUUUUUGAAAUAUGUAUUUAAUGUACAAUUCUGUAUAACAUACUCUUACCAAAUUUUUUUUCUCAAAUAGCAAUAACUAUUUUUGAACUCAUAUUUUAAAAGAGAAUUUUUGUUUAAAAAAGUAAAUAUAUAUAUAAUAAUAUCAGGAAUUCUUAUAUUAUGCACAUAAAUGUUUUUUAGAAUCUUAAAGAGGGUAGUUGCUAUUUGAAAACCAAAACUUGAUUAAUUUAUGAUAUACAGACAAAUGGUAAAAUUUUAAAAUAUUGUAAAUAAGAUAAAAAUGAUUCUUUAACUAAAAAUCAAAUCUUUCUUUUUAAUUAUUAAUUUAAGAUAAAAUAAUCUGCAUACACGCAUAAAAAAUAUUUAUAUAUUUAUUCAUUAUUUAAGUAAUAUCAACUAAGUAUUAACUUCCUAAAUAAUAUACAUAUUUUUUGUUUUUGUCGAAUUUUCCUUGAACAUAGAGGCUAUUGAAAAAAAACAGUGGAAUUAUGGAAUGCAAAAAUUUUAGUUAAAACCCAAAUUAGUGAAGUCAUUAAAUUUAAAAUCUCUGAACGUAAUAGAUAUGAAAUUAAUCAUUGGUUUCUAAAAUAUUUUUAUUUCUUAUAAAAUAGACAAUUUUAAAUUGCAUUUUUCCUUUUUUAACUUAACAUAGAUUUUCCUAACAUAUACAGGGAUUUUUAAAAUUUCAAAUUCUGACAAUAACUUUCAAAAUGAUUGAGUGGAAAUGGCCAAAAACAACCAUAGGUGAAGCAAUUGAUAAAUUAACUUUUGUGAUUUUAUAUUUUGGACAUGCAUAUAGUGAUAAGAUUUGGGUUAAAUCUCAAUAUGAAUUUCAGCAUGUUAUUGAGGAAGGAAUUGGUUUUUAGCUGUGAAAAUCUUUAUAGGCGCCUCUAAAAUUCAAAAUUAUGCUAGGAGGAUGAAACUUUGUGUGUGUAUUGUGUUAGUGUCAACGUUGAGACUAGUGUACAGUGGAAGUGAUUUAAGUUAUAUUCAUCCUUCUAUUAGCUUAAAAAUAUAUUAAUUAUGAGUAUUUAUAUAAUAAUUUUUUCUUAAAGUUAUUUAUUUAAGUUCAAAGGAAGAAAGCUGGAUUUAUUGAAUACAUUUCUCAUUUUCGGGUGGGUUAAGUAUAACACAAGAUUUUACAAUUUAUUUAUGAAUAUAUGCAAGAGGAAAAAUAGAAGAGGAAUACCAAAAAAGCGGUGGUGGAUGCAUUUGAGAAUUAUAUGAGGAUGAUAGGGGUAUGAGAGGAAGAUAUGAGGGAUUGUGUCAAGUUAAAGUUUCGGAUAAAGGUGAUCGACCCCAAAUUGUUGAAAUGAAGAAGAAAGAGAAGAAGAAUAAGUUUACUUCUAAUAAAGUAUAAAAUUGUAAUAUUAUAUUAUUUGAAUAUUUAUUGUUAUACAAAAUAGGUGGGGAAAAUUUGACUUGUAACAGAGCUUUGCUGUUUACAUAUGUAUUUUUUAUUAACUAUUUACCAUUAACAAGAACAAUUACUUAAAAUUUAAUUUUUCAGAAACAUAAGUAUUAUUAAACUUAAAAUUGUAUAUUAUAACAAUGUAAUAUUAUAAUAUUAUCAAAUAUCAUUAUUAUGUGUGUACUUGGUUAAUUCAUUUAUAGUUUUAAUUAAGGAUGUCAUUUAUUUGUAUAAAACCAAUUAAGAAUAAAAAUAAGAAGUUACAAAACUUAAAUAUGUGUAGUUAGUAUAAUUCAAUAUCAUAUGCUUUAAAAACUUUUAUGGUAAUUUUAUAUUUCCUUAUCAUUUGUAUUGAGAUUUUAAAUAGUUCUAGUUUUACUUGACUACAAAGAGGAAAUUGUGUUUAUUAGUCAUUAGUGGUACACAUUUUUAGCGGUAUGAAUUUGAUCUGUAAUAAACAUGAGUGGUUAAUGAAAAAAGUUUUUGAACAUGAUUUAUAGAUUUUUUAUUCAAUAAAUACAUCUUUUUAAUAUCCAUCACAUAUUAUAUUUAAAAAUUUAAUGAAAGUUAUUUUUAGUUUUUAUUGUAUUUGUUUUUUUAUGUACCUAUGUAGUUAUAUUAUUGAAUUAUUGUUUUGUUGCCUUUUAUAAUUGUGUUUUAAAUGUAUAUGUACAUUAUAAAUUAAUAUUUUAAUUUGUUAAGUGUAGACAUUUUUUAUACAUAUUAUACAUUUUGUUUUGUUUUUUUUUUUUUUUUUGUAUUAUUAUAAUUUGUAAUUUCUUAAUUCUUAGGUCUACGUUAUUAAUAUGGUGCUUUAAGUUUAGGUAUCUGAUAAUAUUUUUAACAUUAAAGGGUGAUUGCAUUUUAGUGGGUACAAAUAUAUUUUUUUUAUUGUAUAAAACAUAUUUAUUUGGUCUGAUAGCUUUGGAAUUUAUACUUUUAUCAUUUAAUAUAAUUUAUAUGAUUAGUAAGUUUAUUAUUUUAUGGUAAGUAAUAAUUAUUUUAUUACCUUAUUACACAUAAAAUAGUGUUAAAAAAAAUAAUAAUAAUAAUCACGUGUGUAUUCAAAUUAAACUAUAAUAUUUGUACUCAUAUUUAAUCGAAACUUCCAAUUUUCUCCAUUUUUUAUAAUAUUUUAGUUUGCUUUACUACAUAUUAUAUUUCGAAAUCCAAAUAUUUACUAGGUAGGUUUGUUUAAAUUUUAACUUAAUUUGAGCAAUAUUUUAAUAUAUUAGACUGUAUAGUAUUAUGUUUCAGUCCAUUGUUAAUUAAUGGAAUUUGAUAAUUAAAUACUUAGGCUUAUUCUUUAGCAUAAUAAUUAUUAUACAAUAGUAUAUAGUUUUCUACAAUUUAAUAUUUAUAAAUUAGUAGAUAUAUUCGAUCUCAUUAACUUUUUUCAAGCAUUUGUAUUAGUAAUUAAUCCAUUUUUUUUAAUAGUUUUUCUGUAUUAUAACUUUAAAGUUAUUGAUAUGUAGGGUAUCAAAAAUGUAUUGUGUAAAAUCCAAUCAAUAAUAAUGUUGGGGUAUAUCGCUAUAACAGUAUUGUCUUAUUAUUAGUUGAACCAUAAAUUAUUGUUGGUGAUUGUAUUUGUUGUAUCUAUUCUAGAUUCUUCAUUAAAUAUUGUAAUAUAAAUUAAAUAAGAAUCAUUAUAAUUAUCUUAAUCUAUAUAUUUUGAAGUCAACUGUUUAAUCAAUGUAUUUUAAGUAGGUUUAAGAACAAUUUAAUCAAAUAAAUAAAAUACAAGCGCUUAAACAUUAAUUUAAUAAUGCUUAUAUAUGUAUAUUAUGUACAAUAUCAUGUUGAGCAUCAUGAGACCCAAAGGUUGGUCUCACUUGUUUUUGACCAUAGGGUUUUUUUUAUGAAUUAUUUGUAAUAAUUUUGGAACAAAAUUGUCCAAAUGAUUUAGAAUUUUAAAAAAAUUGAUAAUAAAAAAGGAAAUAACUUAUUUCUUCACUUUGAAUAACAAAAUGAAAUCACAACACCCUAGUAUAUGAAUCUGAUGAAAUAAUUAAGAUAAAUGGGAUCCAUUAUUGAGAAUUGCUUUUUAAAGUUUUAAAUCAAACAUUGUGAGAUCCAAAUAUAGUUCUCAUAGUAAAUUGUUUAAAAAUUUUGAUGAGAUUCAAUAUUGGGUUUUAUAGCAAAGUAAAGUAACUAGGUUCAAGAACCCUUGGUGCUCAACGUAAUACACAAUAUACAUUGUAGGUACUUAUAUACUUACACGUUAUAUUAAUCAUUAUAUAUAGGCUUAAGUUCAUACGAAUAUUAAAAUGUAUCUAUGCAUAAGAUUUUAUCGUUAAUUAUACAUACAAUUUGAUAACCCAUUGUUUUUAUGUAUUUUUUUUUUUACUCAUAUUAGAGUUAUAAACUAUAUUUUAGUUGUUUAU